CUAACUUAGCUGGCAUUUUCCCAGAAGAGACCAGACAGCAUGGACACCUUCAGAUUCGGCACCGUUGACUACACGGUCUUCAUGGGCGGCACCAUACUAUCCAUUGCCAUAGGACUGUACUUCGGUUGGAUAAAGAAGACCAAGAAGACGGUGGAGCCCGAGACGUCGUCGGCUUCGGAAUCCCCGGAAAUAACCAUGCCGAAUUUCGGAUCGAAGAAGAUGAACGAGUAUCUGAUGGGUUCGGGCAAUCUGAAGGUGUUCCCAGUCGCAAUGAGCCUGAUAGCCAGUUUUAUUUCGGGCGUUGCUAUACUGGGUACUCCCUCAGAGAUCUACAACUAUGGCACGCAAUACUUCCUGAUUGUCGUAGCGAUUGCCAUCCAAGGACUCGUUGUAUCCUACAUCUACUUGCCCGUGUUUUCCGCUCUCCAAGUGCGAUCAUCUUAUGAGUACUUGGGAAUGCGCUUUCACCCGGUCAUACGGAACAUAGUAUCCAUAAUGUUUGUCAUCGAAGUGCUACUCUAUACGCCUUUUGUGGUCUAUGUGCCGGCCCUCGCUUUGAACCAGGCUUCCGGCCUAGAUAUUCACAUAAUAGAGGUGGUGACCAUUGUGGUGUGCGUUAUAUACACCCUAUUGGGCGGCCUUAAGGCGGUGGUGCAUACGGAUAUCUGGCAGGUGGCGAUCAUGUUUGUUUCCGUCCUGGUUGUGGCCAUCCUAGCCACCUGCAACAUCACCGACAUGGGUGAAUUCUUCGAAAGUCUGGAGGCCGGAGGACGACUCAUAAUUGGCAACAUCGAUCCCUCGCCAUUUGUGCGUAAUACGGUGUGGAGCGUGGUGAUUGGUGGCAGCUUCUACUGGACCUCCAUUGCGGCAGUGCACCAGACCAUGGUGCAUCGGUAUAUGUCGUUGCCCAACUUGCGGAUGGUCAGGACUUCCAUUGCCUACUUUGUCGUGGGAGCGGUCAUCUUUUACACCGUUCUCAGCUUCUUGGGACUGCUCAUCUUUCACAUGUACAAGGACUGUGAUCCCCUGAGCGCAGGACACAUCAUGGUGGGUGACUUGAACUGCAUAUCAAUUCGUAGAGCCAUAAUACAUUUACAUUAUUUUCGAUCUGCGCAGAAUAACGAUCAGCUGGUGCCGCUCUUUGUGGUCCAGAGUGUGGGUCACAUCUAUGGAAUGCCCGGACUUUUCAUAGCCGGCCUUUUUGGAGCUGGCCUGAGUUCGCUUUCCGUGGCCUUCAACUCCACAUCCUUGGUCAUCCUACAGGACAUAGUCCGCGGCUGUUUCAAGAUGCAGCCGGGCGAAAGAACAUCCACGAUUAUCGUUAAGUCCACCAUCGUAAUCAUGGGUGUUGUGAUAUUUGGUUCGGUCAUUCUGCUGGAGAAAGUGAACGGCAUCCUGAGCAUCUGCAUGUCCCUGGUGUCCAUAGCAACUAGUUCCACUUUCGGAAUAUUCACGCUGGGUAUGCUGAUUCCUUGGGCGAACACAGUGGGCACCUUGGUGGGCGGAAUCGCGUCCUUUUUCCUGACCGCUUGGAUUACUUUCGGCACGCAGAUCGCCGCGGCAUCCGGACAACUGCUUACCCAUAAGCUUCCUAUGUCGCUCGAAGGUUGCACCGGCAAUGUGACUGCUCCCGAAGUUGUUGCCGUGGACGAGGAGCAGGUUUUCCCGCUGUACCGACUCUCAUUCCAGUGGAUAAACCCCAUCGGAGUGCUUACCGUCGUCAUUGUGGGCUCCUUGGUCUCUCUGGUGACCAGACCCACGGAUAUCAAGAGUCUCCAUUCGGAUUUGAUAUCUCCAGUGAUCCACAGAUUCCUGCCAAAAGAAUGCUUUAAGCAACGCAAUCCCCAUAAAAAUGCGGGCAACGAUAUUUCCACUAUCACUUAAAAUUGAUUUUUAUUUUGUUUAUGAAUGUAAUGUUUUCCUGCAUUUGAUAAGUUAUAUUAAAUUAACAUUUUGGAAAAUAACUGUAGAAACACCUUUAGCAGAAUUAAAUAUGUUUGAAUAUUCA